CCGAGACAGACGCGACAUCCAUGAACGGCCUGAACAAUGUCUCCAUGUCUCAAGGGCUCGAGUCGAGGAGUAGCACCGAGGAUAUCCAGGAUGCACCAAAUACCUCAAUAGACCAGGACAUGGACGAGUGCAUAGAUCUCAUGUCCAAGCUGGAUCUUGCAAUUGAAGCUGACGGUCCACCUGUGCAUCUGGAAUCGGGCCUUCGGCUCAUACAUUCGCUGAGAUCGCGCAUGGCUGUGUCUAGACAGUCACGGCACAGCAAGCCGGUACCGACGCGCUACGGACGGCCGUGGCGCCCGCCAGCUAUGCGGCUCGAGGAGGCGGAUCGUGCGACAGUCGACUUGCUGUUCUGGCUUGGCGUCACGUUUGACACUUUGUCGGCAGCCAUGCACAAGCGGUCGCUAGUGGUAUCCGACGAAGAUAGUGACAUAGUGCUAAACGAAACCAUGCAGAUGAAUGGCCCGGGUUGCCCAGAAACGACGCCCGCUUUCAAGACGGAGAGCGACGGUCUUUGGGAUGGGUACUUGUUCGCCCGGCAACAGCAACAAGUAGAACAGGCACCCAUCAGGUGGCCGUGUUCAUUCGAGCAAGCAGCAACUACUCUCUGCGAGGCUGCUCCAGUCAAAGUACUGCUCUUCAGAAGAGUCUGCCGCAUCCAGACGCUUCUCACAAGAAGCGCACGAGGCACAAAGGUCGAAGAGGCUGUGCGUGCGGCGCUGGAUGUUUGCAAUCACUGGGACACGCUUUAUGCACCCUUUGUCAGAGACUGCAUCCAAUACCACGACCGUCUGCCUCCGCGUGUUCAGUCGUGGUAUGUUUGUGUCGCCGGUCAUUGGUACCUAGCCACGCUUCUUCUGGCAGACCUUAUGGAAGUUGUGGAUGAAUCCGAAAUGGGUCUGCAGCAUGCAACAGAACAGCGCAACUUGAGUGCCUUUAUUGCCAAGUUCCGCGAAAAUAACUGUCGGGCUCUGUCAGACCUGGCGGGCUGCGCAUGUCCUCGCCAGGACGCAUCGCUCCAGCAGUCUCACGCGUUCCAUUUUGCGAUGAACGAGGGGCCACUGCUGACGGACCCGUGGACUGCAGUAUUGAUUCGUGCUUUUGCCAAGGCAGGCGUGCUGCUGCUCGAGUCGGAAGCACUGCUGCCAUGUGACGUGGACCAGGAAGACGCGUUCCGACGAGCAGACGACUGUAUCAAGGCGUUGUGGUUUUUGGGCCGAAAGUCUGACAUGGCGCUUGCAGCAGCAAGAAUACUGGGAGACGCUUUGAAGCAGCGGCGGAAGAGUGCACAGGACCGCGUCAACGACAUGAGCUUUUUCCUUGAAAGUCAGCUAUGGCAUGAUCUGGACGGGGCGUUCGCUGUGGAUUGUGAAUUGUAACUUCUGACGGUGUUUUAUUAGCGUGUUACCUUGUACCAUUUGUACAGAAAAUGAGAAUGAC